CCACAUAUAUGCUUUGAUUGGAUGAGGCUGAGUCUGUCUUCUGUGGUGUUUUUGUGUAGAAUGGAUAGUCAAAUUAAGCAUGCUGUUGUGGUGAAAAUUAUGGGAAGGACUGGAUCGCGAGGACAGGUUACUCAGGUUAGAGUCAAGUUUAUUGAUGACCAGAACCGAUUCAUCAUGAGGAACGUCAAGGGACCAGUCAGAGAAGGUGACAUCCUUACAUUGCUCGAAUGCAUGUUCUCAACUGUUGGAUUAAAGGACUCCAAUGAGGCUGAACUUUUGGCAAGCAAGAAAGUUCGGCAACUGUAUACAGCAGAGGAAUAUUCAACAGUUGCUCCUGCAUAA